AUGUCAACAUCAGAGAACACAACAACAGUUAUAGUCCAUGAAGCUAUAAAUGAAGAAUACGAGUACAUACAGUAUAACAAACAGUUACGUCUCAUUCGUUCAGUCAAAGAUGACAUGUACCAAAUGCAGAGUAUAAUGAAUGCUCUUCGUUCUACAAAGCAAGCAUAUCAUUGGUUUGAAAACCAACAGACAAAAGAACUUUUAGAAGAAUUUCCUCAUAUGAUUGCUUCCCUCGGAAAACCGAGGGAAGAGAUUCCGUAUGAAAAUCGCAAGAAUUUGGCUCCUGGUUUGAAAGGUUAUUAUGUUCAUAGACGUUUCCGGAAAACAUUUAAUUAA